AUGUCGCUGACAAACUAUUUUCUUUUCGUUUCGAUAUUUUUUUAUGUCUGCAAAAUGAAACUGGCUGCAAACGACUACCCGAGAAGAUGCGAACAGAGCAGCGGAAGUAUUAGUAAAACGGGUAUCAAAAAUCGUGCUAUGCAAGGACACAGCUUUAAAAAUUAUACGCUGUCAAAACCGUAUGACUGUCACGUAAAAUGUUUCGAAGAGAGAUGCAAAUGCCAGGCGUACCAAAUGCGACAAAAUCAAUGCGAGUUGCUGGAUGAUGACAGGAUUUCAGCCCCUGAAGACUUUCUGGAGCAAAAGGAGUAUACGUACUAUGAUAUGAGUAGAGAAUACGUCGACCACCAGGUAACGAAUCAAUAUUGUUAAACUGUCCCCGGCUUUGCUAAUGGAAAAAAAGUGGACAGAGAGUCGUUUUGGCUUCAUCUGUCAAGAUUCUUCUUAAUAAGAGUAACGAAUGCAUUUCUGCUUAAUUCAUUUUUAAAUUCGUCAACUAUAGUUAAUAAAACGAGAUCGUAGUGUUUUGAAACUGGUUAAAACGCAUCUCAGUUAUCAAAUUUCUCUUUUUUUAUCUAUAUAUAUAAAUUGGUGAUUUAAAGUCUUUUUUUUAAAUCUUAGUAUCCUCUUUUCUUGAGAGACCUCUUUAAAGUUUCUUGUUUGAAAUUGAGAACUUUUGAAUAUAUUACCCCCUCAUUGUACAUGUUGUUCGAAACGUGAAAUUUUGGAUGGAUGAACAAUAUCUGUAACUCGCUUCAAUUAACUUCUCUGUUUCCUUUCUUGUUUUGCGACAUGAGGCUUCCUGACAGUAAAAAUCAACGCGGAAUGAAAAAAAAUUUUCUAGAUUAUUUGUUUGGCGUGCUUGACGCAUGGACAGAAUGAAAGAGUAGGUCUGGACGCGAAGCUCUUUACAAACCAUGCCCAUAUUGUUGAUAGUUUAUGAAAGCAAGGAAUUUGGUUCAGUAGAGAAAAUGUGCAAUUUGGCAAAUCUUAAAGCGGAGCUUCCAUUUGAACAGGGUCGAGCAAAUAAUAAUAUUAUCGUUAGGUAAAAGAAUUAUUUCAACAUGCACUUUUAACAUACUCUCCCGUUAUACUAUAUUAGACAUGUGCAAAGAAGGCUAAAAAACAGCAACCAUUCAUUAACCAGUGUUGUAAUGAGAAUCCAUGCGCCAAUGGAGGCACCUGCACUGAGCUAUUUGAAGACGCUAAAAACAAGUUCAACUGCACAUGUGCUGUGGGAUAUUACGGCAGAUUUUGUCAAAAACGAAGUGCAACAUCAUGCAAAGAGCAGCUACAGAAAAACGGAGGAAACCAUUCUGGAGUCUAUGAACUGUUUGACCCAGCGAAUAUGUCCAUGUACGAGGUCUUCUGUGAUGCCAUCUCUGAAAAAGGGUUCGUUUGGACUUUGAUCGAAUCUUUCAGCUUUCGAAAUAAUAAUGAAUUUGCGGAUAAAGCAUUUUACGAAGACUUUCCGGUAAAUCAGGACGCCUUUUCAUGGAACAAGUUUCGUUUAUCUUUGCCACUUAUGAAUGUCACAGCAAACCGCUCAACGCACGUGCGAGCAACGUGCAAUUUUAACACUGAAGAACUUAGAUACAGCGAUUACUUGAGGGCCAAGUUAACCGAUAUCGAUGUCAUGCGUUUGCGGGAUUUUUUUGGGUGCAAGAAAUAUGAAUUUAUUAGCGUCCGAGGAUAUAACUGUACUAACUGCACUUCUGACUUCAUCCAAAAGGAUAUUUGGCAUGCGCACAUUGAUUCGUAUUACGGCGGUACACAGAGAGGAUGUCAGUGUACCAGGAUAUCCGUAGGUGCAGUGAAGGGACUGACAGGCGAAGAUAACUUCGGAUGGUAUGGAACAGUUAAUACGGAUCACAGUUGUGUCUCGAGCGAUGAUUCGACAACUCAGUGGUGGUUUGGAGUGCGUUACUAA